AUUCUAUAACCUCAGUAGUACUGGCUGCCUCGCCUGCACUUGUGACCCAGAUGGAAGCACCAACAGAUCGUGUGACGUCACUACAGGAGCAUGUGAAUGUCUGUCCAGGGUCACAGGAAACACAUGCGAUGGGUGCAAACCAAGUUACUUUGGGUUAGGUCAAUGGCACCCAGAUGGAUGCAUCGAGUGCUUUUGUUGGGGAAAAUCCGAUAACUGCUCUUCAGCACCCGGCUGGUUCGACUCGUCUAUAUUUAGCGCGUGGCUUGUCUCAGAUCCAGAUGCGUUGGCUGAAACAUGGAAGGCGGAAGACAUGGAAGGGAACGAGGCUGCAGUAGAGACGCCUGUUGUCAUGACAGGAGAGGGAUCUAGGUACGCACUGAGCGUCUUCACAGCGUCCACUACAGCCACCAGUGACAUUUUUAUCUUAGCCCCGCCCAAGUUCCUGGGUGACAGAAGCCCCGCUUACGGUCGUCAUCUGACAGUCACUACCUUUGGUAGAACCUCCCCCGCCACAGCCCCAGUGGGCGGAGCAUUGCCUGCCGUGGCCAAUAGCAGUGCAACAACAGGGCUAGAUGAAGGAUUGCAUGUAAUCCUGGAAGGAAAAUACGCCCCUUUGGCUGUUAGUUUUGCUGUGGGCGUUUUCGCUUCUGAUGGAGAGGCAACUGCUAAGAUCCCAGUCAUGGAGGGCUCCUGGAAGCUGGUCAACACGACUCAAACAAACAAUACAGGGGUUGCUUCCCCUGAUCUGGGUUACGCCUCCUUCUCGCAGUUCAUGGAGAUUCUGGCCGACCUAUCUUCUCUCAAGCUGAAAGUUUAUGAUACUGAUGUCCCGGGCUCUGUGAUUGACAUAAUAAGCGUCCACUUGGAAAACGCAGUGGAUGGGUCAGCGGGCACGCCCAACUCCGGGGUCAGUGUGGUCAACAACGUGGGCUUGUGCCAGUGUCAGGAGGGAUACUCCGGGCGUCUGUGUGAGCUGUGUGCCGCCGGUUUCACGCGCGUCAACCCUGGAGUCCCCGACCCCUCCUCCCUGUGCGUGGCGUGCACGUGUAACGGUCACGGCGUGACUCGCGUGCUGUGUGACAAUGUCACGGGUCGGUGCUCCAGUGAGGUAACGGGACCGUGCGACCCGGUGAGCGGCGUGUGUGAGUGUAGACACAACACACAGGGAGACCACUGCCAGGAAUGUUUGCCUGGUUACUAUGGCGACGCCACUGUCAAGACUCCAGAUGACUGCCUUCCCUGCGCAUGCCCAGGGAUUGUUGUGGCCAAUGAGAUUAACGCAUUCGCGGCCACAUGUCAGCUGACUCCAGAAGGUACCCCCGUGUGCGUAGACUGUCGCGUUGGGCACACAGGUGAUCACUGCGAGCGGUGUCAGGAGGGAUACUUUGGGACACCCGAGAACAUCACGAACGUCAACGGAAUCUGUCAGCCUUGCGCGUGUAAUGGACGAGCCGACCUGUGCGACACGAUCACAGGACAGUGCCUGGAUUGCAGGAACGACACGGCCGGACACAACUGCCAAAUCUGCGCGCCUGGAUUCUUUGGUGACCCCAUGACCUCUGAGUGCCAGCCUUGCACAUGUGACACAGUGCCUGGAUCUACUGGGGCGUGUGACCACGUGACCGGAGUCUGUGAAUGUCUGCCUAAUGUUUCUGGCAACAACUGUGAUACAUGCGACGACACGACCUUCAACUUGACCCAAGGUCUAGGUUGUCAGUCUUGUGAUUGUCAUCAGAGCGGCUCCCUCAGUGUCGUGUGUGACAAAAGUGCGCCUGUAAUGCUCAGGGCACAAUAAAAAUAAAUGACGCCAUUGAUCCAACCUGCGACGUCAUAACCGGUCAAUGCAACUGCGCGUUGGAGGGAAUUAUUGGUAGAACGUGCGAUAGUUGCGCCCCAGUGUCUACGUAUCCGUUCCAGUAUGUGCAGCUCUUCUACAUCGGGGAAUUCCCAGACUGUCAGCUCUGCGGGGAAUGUUUCGAUUCGUGGGCUAUGGCUGUGGAAGGUGUCGGGGCGGACCUUGCAGGAUACAAAGGGAAGCUCGAUGACGUAUGGGCUAAAUAUGGCUGUAGAAAGACAGAACCUCCUGGCCGCCCGCACCGACGCUCACGCCGCGACAGAGCUUACCCAAACCGCCACUGUGACGUCACUGGAGGCUCUGAAUGAUGUGGUCCAGGGGACAGGGCUCACAACUGUGUCACUGAGUGGACUCCAGCAGCAGUUGGACGACUUGAUCAGGGACUCUUUGUAGCUGACAAUGCGCAACAAGUCAUGAUUGACUCGAUGACGUCAGUAAUAGAGAGUUUCGGCUCCCUCUCCCAAACACAGAACGACAUGGCAACGGCUCAGCUCCAAAGUUCCCGGGUACAGUCUACUCAGCUGCAGCCCCUGUCAGAUAUGGAGCAGCUGGUGCAGCAGAUAGAUGGCGCGGCUGUGUCGCUGGAGGAUGUGACGUCUCUCAACGUGAUGGCGUCCACGGCCCUCUUUGUGGCGGAGGACGCCGUGCGGGACUCUCAGGAGGCUCUGCAAGUGUCCAAACAGCUGAAGGAGGAGGUCGAUCUGAUGCAAGAAGACGUCCAGACAUCACGUGACCUCAGGGUCCAGGUGACCGGUCUGAAGAAUGCAAGCGAUAGCAUCAACACCACAGCUAGAAAUGUCUUGGAAGAGGCCGGAACCCACAUCAACAGCACACAGGAGCACGUGAGGGCUAUCACUGCGACAGCCCAGGAGCUCAGUGCCAACAUCAGCACCCUGUCCAACUUCUACACGACCACGGAGACUGACGUCACAAACGCCGCCACGACAGCUGGACAAGUGCAGGCGCGAGCUGCAACGGCCACGAACAAUCAACAAGCCCUGCUGGAGACAAUGUCCGCCAUUAACGCGGAGGCUGACGAGAGUGGGGUUGCUGAGGCGCUGACCACUAUGACGCAAGCACAGAUAGACAUUACUGACCUUGAGGAGGGUCUCAACCAGCUCAUCACGACGGAAGAAAUGCAAGCCCUGAUUCAAGACCUUGUAAGCCAAGGCGAAGAGCUGAGAGUCCUUGACAUUGAAGUGGAUCAACUGACGUCACAGCUGGACAUCCUCACAGUGGCGCUGCAGGAGUCGGCAGGGGGCGUCACGUGCAAGAAUUAAACUUGAACAGUCGUCUCCGCUGUUUCGCCACCUCUGUGGCAGCUUCGCAAUAUUAAUUUAUUAUGAUCACAAUCAUCGUUCUUGUUGAAUAUGCCGUGGCACAGGUAUUAAAGCUUCAAAACGUACAGUAGUAAGCACAGUUCUGUCAAAUAAGAAAAAAAAUGUUAUGAUAGACUCAUCCAUGUUUUACUGUCUGCCUGUCCUGUCUGUCUGUCCUGUCUGUCUGUCUGUCUGUCUGUCUGUCUGUCUGUCU